AUGGCCCUCAUUGAAAGCACUUACUACCCGUCCCCCGACACUCCAAUCAAUCAGCUCGGGAUCAAGCCAGAUUUUUCCCGCGAGCCGCGUGGCAUGUCCUCUACACCACGUAUCUCAAUAUCGGCGUCGAUGGCCUGCAAGCCCUCAAACACUACAACUUUCAAAGCAAGACAAUUCCUACUACUCAUCAAGGCUCACUUCUCUAUCCUCAAACAUCUCCUGCAAAGCGGCUCCGGCAUUGUCCAUGCCACUCAUGAACCCUCGACCUGCACCCUCACCGUACACGUUGACCGCACCAAAUUUCAGUCCCAUGGAAAGCCAGCGCUAGCGGACUAUCUCUGCCGCCUUCACAUCUGGCGCUGCACAGCUGACGUUUCUACCUGCAAGGAGUAUUAUGAACGUCUAUAUGUGGUCGACGGCAUAUACGAGGAGUGGAGACAAAUUUGGAUUGGAGUUCGAAGACUUCGCAUCUGGUCGAAUUCCUUUAUCAUAGGUUUCCUUGAGGCAGUUGUUCAACUGCUUCUUGGACUAGAGAGGUGGAUGUGGAGUCUAGAGACUCUGUGUCUAGUGGAAAUCCCUUAUUGUCGGCUGCAAAGCAUGGACAUGAGGGUGUUGUCGAGUUACUCCACUAGUCACUGUAGGCCUGAUGUAGAGUUCUAG